UUAGCGACUCGGGUGUCAAAUAAAUGUACUUUCUUGUCAAAACUCUAAACUUUUAAAUCAUGGUCGAAACUUUGUUGAGUUUUUUGUAAAUUUAUUCGCGCUACUAUCAUGAGAAUCACCACACACUUAUCUCACUUCAGAAAGUUCAAACUUUUCCUUUUGUUCACUUGUAUUUUAAUAUUUUACAUCGAAAACAUCACUGCUUCCAUUUCAGAAUGUGUUGGCCGAUACUGUGGAAGAUUAAAUGGAACAAAUGGAACACAAUGUGGGCGUUGUCCCAGGGGCUACCGAACUAAUGGACGUUACUGCAGGAAGUGUCUAAAUAGCCUUCAACUUUUUGACUGGCUGUACCUUGGUUUUAUGGCUCUUGUUACCACUGUAAUGCAUUCUUCAUCCAUUUACUACUAUAGCAGGCAUCAAAAAAGUAACAUUAUCAUGCAGAUCUCGGCAUUCAUCGAAUCUUUCCUUGCUGCAACAUUAACACUUCUUUUAACUGAACCAAAAGGAUCCUUUUCAGUUCACACUUGUGGAGUAAAAGAUAUUGCAGAUUGGUACACGGUGUUUUUUAAUCCUAAACCCGAUCAUGUUAACUGGGUUCACUGUACGCAAGAAGCUGUUUAUCCUCUCUAUACCAUGGUACUGUACUACUAUGCCUUUUGCGUCCUUCUUCUUUUGAUGGUUCGACCCAUCGUGUCUGUAAAGCUCUGUGGCUCGGAAGGAAGACGGUCCAUAUAUGCUGCAUUGUAUUUUCUACCAAUCACUGCUAUGGUUCAUGCCACGUGUGCAGGACUCCUAUAUUACUCCUAUCCCUACUUGAUGUUGAUUGGGUCCGUUUUGAGUACAGCCAUUAUCCUGGCGAAUAAAAACGUCAAAAGUUUCAAAGAUUUACUCAUAAACAAAGACGUCAUUGUGAUCCUUCUUUGUCAUUGGUUCCUGCACAUCUUCUCGCUGAUUGCCAUGACGCAAUGGUCACAACCGAAAGUGGAUGGUCUCCUGUUUCUGCUCGUCUUUCUACCAUCGCUGUUCUACAUUCUUACUGUUCGUUUAUCAGAUCCCCGUAAAUUCAAAUAAUUUUGUUGAAAUUGUCGAGUUCCAGGUGAUGAAAGUAAAGAUGUGAUGAAACGUCCUGGAUUAUGAAAUACAUAGAAUAUGUUUAACAAGAUUUCACCAUGAGAGAGUGAGUUGAAACGAAAAUGGCGCAUUAGUAACUAUACGAAAUGCUGGAGGCGCAGGUGCUUGCAAUCUAAGCUACGAGCAGCAGUGUUUGCUGUUCUUGUUGCAGGUAUUAUUUGUAUAAAUCAGAGUAUAAACAGCAUUAGAAAAUUGCUUAGAAAAUUGAGCUUUGCGUAAAAGCGAUCAGAGCACAUGAGGACAAAGUUUGACAAUACCUUUCAGCUGUUUUCCUUAUUGUUUGUCUUGCUUUUGUGUGCUUGUCGUGCGGCCAGACUGUAUUUAACUGAAACCAUUGUACAUAUUGUGCUUUUUAUAGGGAA